UGAGAUACGAGUUUACUUCAUUAUUUUUAAGAAACACACCGACGGCUGAGUCAAAAUAACUUCACGUCGCGCUGAAAUAACACUAAACAGAAGUGUUUGGACGCAGAAACGCGUGUAACUUUUCAUACUGUAAGACGUAACGGCUUGCGUGAUUGUUUUACAGCUAACCCGGACUUAUUUCUUGUUGUUUUCACACAAGACGCGGAAAUGUCCGUUUUCCCUCAGCUUUUCAUGAACCCUGAAGUGCGAGAACAUCUUCGCGGUGUUUACACAAACGACGAGCUGCUGAGUGAGUCUGGUGAGGAGGAGGCUGACCUGCUGUUUGAAGCUCUCCUGUCCUGUCUGUCUCAUCCUCCUCUCUUCACCUGUCUGAGAGCCGGCACACACCUGCACCUGCUUCAGGACAUUCAGCACCGGCUCCAGCAGCAUUUAGCACAGCAGGACAGAUGUUCAUCCGUGUACACUCACCCACAGCUCCCAGAUGUUCUGCUGCUGCCGGUCCACGGCCCUCGGUCCGUGGAUCCGCUGGCCUCUGAAGUGAUCGUUGGUGCUCAGUGCGGUCAUGCUGUUCUUCGAGGAGCUCAUGUGUUCACGCCUGGCAUCCUCAGCACGCCGAAGUACAUGAAAGCGGGCGAGGUGGUGUCGGUGUUUUCUGAUGUGGAGGGGAAGUGCACGCGCGGAGCCAGAGAGUUCAAGGGAAAGAAGGUGUUUCUGGGUAACGGGACUUCUGAGGUGGACCGCUCGGAAAUAUUCAGCCCCGAUGGACCCGGGAAGGGUGUUGCCGUUCGAAUGACCGAGCCUCUCUAUCAAAGCCCGUCCUUUGAUGGCGUUCUUACAGAUCAGCUCUUUCUACAGAACCUGCCGUCUGUGGUCGUGGGUCAUGUUUUAGGACCUCGUCCGGGAGAGAGAGUCCUGGACAUGUGCGCCGCUCCCGGCGGAAAGACCACACACAUCGCUUCUCUCAUGCGAAACCAGGGCACCGUUGUGGCCUUGGAAAAGAUCAGAUCCAAAAUGCAGAAGAUCGUUCAGAACGCACAGCUGCUGCAGUUGGACUGCGUCCGAGCGUACUGCUGUAACAGCGUGCGUGCCGUGAGCUCAGAUCCCGCUCAGUGCGGCGCAGACGGUCCCCCGUAUCCCGAGGAGAGUUUUGACAGGGUAUUGUUAGACGCUCCCUGCAGUGGUUUGGGUCAGAGGCCUAACAUGAGCUACAGCUGGAGUCUGAAAGAAGUGUGCUCCUAUCAGCCUCUGCAGAGAAAGCUCUUCACUACGGCUGUGCGUCUGUUGAAAAGAGGCGGUGUUUUGGUGUACAGCACCUGCACCGUGACGCUGGCGGAGAACGAAGAGCAGGUCGCCUGGGCUCUUAAGACCUUCCCCUGUCUAACACUAGAGCCACAGGUGCCUGCUUUAGGAUCGGAGGGGAUGCCGGGAGCGGGUCUGUCACGUGACCAGCGCUCACUGCUACAGAGAUUUAGACCAGAGUUAGCGCGGAGAGGAGCGGGCGUCCCACAUUCCCCCGAGAGCCUCCUACAAAACGCCUGCGCGGACACUAUCGGCUUUUUCAUUGCCAAGUUCAUAAAAAGGUAGCGCGCCGACGAACGACGUACUUUUAUCUGCUAAAGCGUCCGUGUCGUGGGUCCUUUUUACUUCUUUCAUACGAACUAAAAAAAGAGAUGUCUGGUAAAGCUUCUUCAGCAGGUUUUUCACUAAGAAGGACGCGCAUUAAAAAUACGUGUUGGUCCUCAGAAAGGCAUGUAACAUUUUGAAAAGGAAAAUAUUGAAUUGGUAUAGUUUCACAUUUCCCCAAAUUACUAUUUUAAUAGAUUUCGAACGUGCACGGGUUUAAUGUGGCGUCUUGCCCUCAAAUAAUGGUUUUCAUUUUUCAUAACGGGCAUAAUUCAUCACUAAUCAUGAGCGUCCCAAAGCAUGCUAACAGUCACAAGCAAGCAGAAAACGUUAAACGUUUAUAGCAGGAUUGUAUGCAAGAAUGUAUGCAAGUAAAAAUUCAUAAUAAUAAAAAAACAUUUUCUAUGA